AUGAAGCAAGCGGUCGGACAGUCCAGGAAGGAACUGGAAAACAAAGGGGCCGAAGUUAAGACCUUACAGAAUGAUGCUGGUGGCGGGGCUAAAAGUUGUGAGGUUAAGGGCGGUGGAGGGGAGAAGCGAAAUCGGCAUUGGUUUUGGCGGCUAUUACUGGAAAUAAGGCCGCCGACGCUGGUAGCUAAUCCUUAUAAGGCCUCGGCCGGUCUGGUGGCCUUACUGCUGUCAAAAGGAGGAUCAACAAUACUUAGCUGGUAUGCCCGGUUUGUCUUUGUCUCCUUUAUAGUAGAGUGUCUUUCUUAUCGGCGGUGGGCUAUGGCUUUGGCUCGUUCGCUGCCUUUAUUGGGUUUGGGGUUGGAUUUAGUUGUUGUGGAAUACCAUGUAGAUCGAUCUUUUUGGGUUUUGGCCUUGAUUGUUAGUGCUCAUUUGUUAUUGGUGAUUAGUAGUGGGCUGACUGAGGAAGACUGGCUUAGCUUGUUGGGAACUAGCUUAUUGGCCGGCGCGAUGGUGAUUGUUGAGAUGGUGACACCUAAGAUUCAUAAUAGUGCAGAUCAUUUGGUCUUUUAUUUGAACACGCGGUUUUAUCUGCUGCUUAUUUUGGGAAUCCUGGUGCAAUUGGCGUAUACGGCUGCUUAUAGUGUGCUGGCUCUGUUAGAGAAACCUAGAGGUCUUCGCUGGAGUAGUUUGGUCUUAGGUGUUUUGUCUGGCGUGGCACUGCUCGUAUCAUUUAAACUGUGCACAACAGCCAUUCAGGAUGCGGAGCUAGAAAUCGACAGUCACAUACCGGAUAUUUUGAUGCCCAGAACACCGGCCAAUUGGGUCCCUUCUGAUUCGUCUCAUUGGACGAAGACUCUACAAGAGAAGCCUCCUGCUCAGCACAAUGGCAAAUCUUCUUACGUUCCUCAACCAGGCCAAAGAAGCAAGCGACCGCAUCAUCGAGCUCACCGAGUGCGUUCAGGCCGCCGAGGCGUUACGCAUUCACACAAACACCGCCGGCACCACGCCCACCCCCGACACAGCCGAGGCCAUGCAAAGCAUUCAGCAAGACUUUAA